AUGUAUGUCUCGUUUUCACUUCUCGGGCGACUGACGAAUUCUGAAAUCAACGGCGCGCUCAAGCCUUUGAUAACCAAGUUGCCGAUUACUUUUUAUCUCAAAGAAGGAAAACAGCUUCCUCGAUCAGUGUCCCUUUUGUUGCAGUCUGACGAUGUCCUUGAUGGAAUAGAAAAGUGUCUGAAGGGCACUGGUCUGACUACAACCCACUUAGAAUAUUUGAUAUCGAGUAAAAACGCGAGGGAUGAAUCCACGAGGACUCAUCAUCGAAAUCAAGCAUCUGUCAAUUUUGAUGACGACAUAUUCUCCUUCGGCAAGAAAGUGAACAUUCCAUCGUUAGAUCUCAACCCCGCGCUGGAAAAAUGGCUCAGACUGUAUCUCGAGGAAGCGGUGAAGUUACAGUCCAAGCAUUUUCGGCGAACACAACUGGUGCGAAAAAGAAUGGAAGAGAUUAAGGAGCAGCUCAAGUUGAAAGAGUUUCUAUGGUGCUCGACAAUGGGCCUCAAUUUACAAACUGGCGUCAUCGGGGGCUUUCACAGAACGGUGCAGCGUCACUUGGACAGCCUCGGACACUUGGAGGGAACAAAAGUAAUCUUCUCGGACCUUCAUCAUACGACACUGGCGGCCGACCGCGCCGCUCGUCAUACCAUUUGUCUCGCAGUUCUUGACCAGGCCGAAGACUGGGCGCGAUUUCUACGAAGAUACAACCAGACGGACCUGCAGUACUUGAUCAAAGAUACGGACUACAAAGAGUACGAACUGCGGCGAAUCCUCGGAGGGAUUAAAAUUCUCCGACCGCUUGCAAUCGGUGCUGUCGGCGGCUCACAGAUUGCCCGACCAGUCGAGAUACUACUGUACAAGGAGCGCAUUGGCAUUUUGCUACACCACUUGUACAUGCUCAAUGAAGUGCUUGAUGAGCACAGUAUGAGUCAGUUUGAGCUGGAAAUUGAUAUUGCCCAGUGGGAGACGGGCGUUAUUUUCCCAUCAGAAAGAGAAAAAACGACGUCAUUCUCCGUGACAGAACGAGGCUCCUUCCUCGUCAGAUACGAUAUCCGUCCAGAGCAAUUAAUUGAACACCUCAGCACAUUCUCCGAAGAAGCAAGAGAGCGAAGGCAAUUUUAUCGACAGCUCAAGAGAAGGAGAAAUUUUCUCGAAGAGCGGCUUUGCGAAACUUAUGGCAUCAAGGAGAUUCGGAAGCAGCCAGGUCUGCCGGAUUCGAAAAUGGUCGACUGUCUCCAGAGACUGCAGAGGUCGAAGAUUCUUGAUAACUAUCCGUUAAUAGUUGGCAACCGACUUCUUAUUUCCAAAAACUAUCGAAAACACUUCGAUGGAUUUCUGAUCAUUCCCUGGGACUGGAAAUUCUGA